AUGGCCAACCCACGCGUAGAGGAACUGCCCGACGACGAGCCUAAGAAGGUCGGUGUCGAAGAGCAGGAGGAUGACGACAGCUCCGACUCCGAGAUCGAGGCCGGCGAAGGUGGCGCUUCCGGCUCCAACGUCAUGGUCCACUCCCGCAACGAGAAGAAGGCCCGCAAGGCCAUCGAGAAGCUUCACCUCCAGCGCGUCUCUGGUAUUACCCGAGUUACCCUGCGACGACCGAAGAACAUCCUCUUCGUGAUUAACAAUCCCGAAGUCUACAAGUCGCCUAACAGCAACACCUACAUUGUCUUCGGUGAGGCUAAGAUUGAGGACCUUAACUCGGCCGCCCAGCAAGCCGCUGCUCAGUCCAUUGCUGCCGGAGGCGGUGAGCACGACCACUCCGGCCACGACCACAGCCAUGGCGAGACUAAGGCUGUCGCGGCUUCCGAGGAGAAGCAUGACGAUGACGAAGAUGACGAGGAGGUGGAUGCCGACGGUCUUGAGGAUAAGGACAUCGAGCUCGUCAUGACUCAAGCCAACGUCUCUCGGAAGAAGGCCGUCAACGCACUGAAGGAGAACGACAAUGAUAUAGUAAACUCUAUCAUGGCUCUCAGCAUUUGA